AUGUUUCAGAAAGAGCAGGGGUGGAAGUUACCUCUGAAUGAACUUGAACUAGGAACUAAGGAGUUGGAUUGUCUCAGUAAUGAUAAAGUUUACUGGCCUGAGGAUAACAAGUGUUAUGAUCUUCUUUCCUCUGGUCCUUGUUCCAGUGGAGAAUGGCUUGUUCUAGAUGUUGAAGUUAGGGAUGGAGAUUGUCAGUGCAAAGUUGCAUUAGCGGCUGCACAGGAUGGGAUAUGUGAGCCAGGGGAGCAGUUGCUCUUGGACCCGUUCGGAUUUGGAGUUUGUGGUUGCAUUACGUCUCCUCCACAUGCCACAUGGCCUAACGAUGGAAAAUGCUAUCCUCUGUACACACGGGGACCAUGUGAUGAAGGAUACCAGCUUACCAUGAGUCCUAGUAGACUAGAGCCCUCAUGCAGUCCUUCAUUAUGUGGGGACGAAAGAUCAGUGUUAUAUGAGGAUGGAGAAUGUUAUUUCUUGGGAACCAAGGGACCCUGCGCUGAAGUUGAAAUAUUAUCUAUACACGAGGAAACCUUCCAACCAUACUGCAAAAUUGUUUUAUCACAGGUGAAAAGAGUGUUUGAUAUGCUUCCCGGGGGGUUUAUCAAGAACGGUCCCAUAUCUAUAAAUUUAAAGGCAAGAAAUUGCCAAUUGAAUACCGAUGGUAAAUGCAAAGAUGCAUUUGUACCAGCACAGCAAAUAUCUAGAAAAAGUCCGAACAGACCAGCUAUACGCCAACGAGCUUCAAAAAGUUAUAUUGGUUGGCUACAGAGCUUCAGAACAACAUAAUGUAUAUUUUUAAUUGAAUAAAUUUUAAAAUAAAAUUC